CCGAGCCAAGCUUUCCCCCCCCCUCCACCUUCUUCCACAGCUCUACCAGGAUGGGGACGAGAUGCCUGCUCUCACCGCUGCUGUGCCUCUCCCUUGUGCUGCUGGGGCCUGGCGAUGGAGCCGUUAAUAUAUUGUCUGCCCCUGAAGUGGUUUCAUUAGAAAAUGGAAGUUCAACAAACAUCACUAUAUCUCUGAGGGCUCCAUUAAAUGAGACACUGUUGAUAACUCUUAAUAUUACAUACUCAUCGAAGCACAGAACCAUUGUUGAACUACCUAACGAAAUACAAUUGCCUGCAGGUCUCACUAAGGUAGACUUCCAAGUAAAAGCAGAUGAUGUUGGACAAGUUACAGUGCAUCUUCAUACCAGUAAUUCCAACUUAACUGGACCUAGGAUUCAGUUCCAGGUGAUUCACAGCAUCAUAGUGAAAUAUGCUGAUGAGGUGAUUGGCUGGAUCUAUUUCCUUGCCUGGUCUAUCUCCUUCUAUCCUCAACUCUUUGAGAACUGGCGACGGAAAAGUGUUGUCGGAUUAAGCUUUGACUUUAUUGCAUUAAACCUUACUGGCUUCAUAGCAUACAGCGUGUUCAAUGUUGGACUCUUCUGGAUUCCCUUAAUUAAAGAGGAAUUCUUACUCCGUUAUCCCAAUGGAGUAAAUCCUGUGGCUAUCAACGAUGUUUUCUUCAGUCUCCAUGCAGUAGCUCUAACUUUCCUCAUCAUAAUUCAGUGCUGCAUUUAUGAGAGAGCAGGUCAGAAGGUAUCCAAAGUUGUUGUUGGACUACUGGCACUUGCAUGGAUUUUUACAUUUACAACACUGUUUCUUGCUGCAGCUGAGGAAAUGACAUGGCUACAAUUCUUAUUUUGCUUCUCUUACAUUAAGUUAGCAGUCACACUGAUAAAAUAUUUUCCACAGGCAUACAUGAACUUCCGUCGUAAGAGCACUGAGGGAUGGAGUAUUGGAAACGUAUUACUAGACUUCACUGGUGGAAGCUUCAGCCUCCUGCAGAUGUUUCUGCAGUCAUACAACAAUGAUCAGUGGAAGCUAAUCUUUGGAGAUCCAACCAAGUUUGGCCUGGGUGUCUUCUCCAUCAUCUUUGAUGUUGUUUUUAUGAUCCAACACUACUGCCUCUAUAGGAGAUGGGGGUAUGAACCUUGUGAAUAACACCUUCUGCUAAGAUAAAAACUUUAAAUUGGACUUACCCCCAUCGUGGCUAAGGGAUUUCAAGAUGUCUCUUAACCAGUUACCAGAACUACUGACUCUGAGCUCUGUUUACUCUGAUCCUUUCUGGUACAGUGUACAAGCUCUUGCCUCACCAAAUGCUGAUUGCCAAAUGCCUUAAAGGAUACCAAGCUAUCUAGCCACUUGCAGAUGGAAGAGACUCUCAUGCCUUUUGAAGCUGCAAAUCCAGCUUGGUUUGAGCUGUUGAAGCAAUAUGUGACUCUUCCCUUCUUGUUAUUAGUGCAAGAAAAGAUCAGACCUGUGUCUUUCUGAUUGUGCUUCACUUCCAAAGAGCCAGAGUUCUGGCUUCCAAAAGUCUGAGAUCAUGCUUAAGCAACCACUUAAUGUAGUGACAAAGGAAGUAGAUCCAUAGAUCUAACUGCUGCUGCUGCUGCUGACUCCUCAAAGACAAAGUCACAGUAGAACACUGCUCACAGUGGGUGGUAACAGCAGUAGUGGCCUAUGAAAGGGAUACUGGAAGAAAAAGUAAAAAUACCAAUGCUAGAAGCUGACCUCAAGGACAGGAAGGGUACUGAGAAGAAACACUGUGUUCCUAUCUCACUGAAAGGUCUUUCAAAUGUGCUAAGACAAGUACUCAGACAAAUGUAUCUGAAUACUUCUAGUGCACUAACUUAACUUAAUUUUGCUUGGUUCUACUGACAUGCCUGGAGUCCUAUACUGUGGAUGCUAGAGAAUAAAGAUUGUCAAAGGGAUUAUUUCAAAGUGGAUCAUGUUAAUUAA